CUCUACAGUUCCACACGGGACAAACUAUGACGCCCCUUGCUUUAUUACUCUUUUCAACGAAUUUUACCCGUAGUCAUAGGUGCUGCGAGCCUUUUCCGAUUUCAUAUGUUUUGGAAGAAGUCAACCAUACGAACAUCAUGUGAGCAACCACAGUAUCACACGUGUACGUAGCAGCCGUUCAAGUUGACGAUGGCUUUGGCCUUUCUCAGAGCAUCAAAAUGCGCGAGGACCACUUCUGUCUUGUCGUAUCACCGUGGCAGUAGAAGUGCUAGAGCACGCGCGUGCCAAAAGGCGAGCCACACACCAGCCAUGCUGCGGACAGGUAGCAGGGGUGUCUCCAAUACUGUACGCGCGGAGGAAUCCGACGGUGCCAGCGGCCGCGGAGAGGGCUCUUCUGCAUCAAAACAAGCUCCCACAUCGAUCUCAGCAAAUGAGCGGCUGACUUUGUUGCUGCGCCGCGUGCAAGGAAUCGAUCAUCCAAGACCAAGUGGGACGUCGGAAAACGAAAGUAGCGAGAAGCUCGCACGGAUUUUUCUGAAUACCCAGUAUCCGAAACUGCUGGCGCCAAACCAUCGUUGCUGGAAGGAUGCCAGCUUGCGGGUCGCCACCGACGGAGCCUACCGCAAGUUGAAAACGCAGUUUGGCCUUCUACCGGACCUAGUCGUGGGAGACAUGGACUCUAGUUUCCUGGAGAUCCCGAGCGUGGCGGCUGGGGAUGUGGCACUGUCAACCAGAAAGCUGCAGUCGGAGCGGAAAGCAGAUGCCGCUCAAGAGGCCGAUGUUCCAGCACUCGUGUGCAGAAGUUUUCACGAAUGGGCGGACGAAAUUUUGACGGCAACAGUGGGUCGUGAACAAGACGGUAUUUGUGCUGUCAGCACUGCAGCUGCAGAAAAUCGAAGCAAAUCUGAAAUACCCUCAUCAACGUUAACAGACGAGGAUAUUGCGUUCAUCACACGCCCCACGAAGCACCAGGUCAACGAAGCAGGAGAAGUCGAGCCCUAUCUUGCGCCGACGUUUUUCCAAAGGUUUAUGCCAGCUGCGUUUUUUCGUUCGUGUUCCAUGGAAAAGAACACUUUGCCCCACGACCACCUCAGCCGGCGCGAAGCCCACCACGAUCUUCAUGUGCUGGACCCUGUGUCUGCCAAGGAAAUUCGCUACAAUCGAUUAAAGCCAGUCGUCGAGAAGUUACGGCUGAAGAAGCUUCCGCAAAACAACAUUGAGUUUAAUUUCAACAACAUGGUGGAAGCGGUUUACGAAAUUUCUGACGGCACUCCCAUGCUGCACAUGCCGGACCAGAACACGACAGAUUUAGAAAAAGCCCUCUCCUUGAUUGACCCGAGGGUGUUUACCGCGGGUGUGGAGAUCGUUGGAAAAUUUGCGGGUGUGAAGGGCAGAACAGACCACUUUUUCGCCCUGUGCAACACACUGUACAAAUACAGCUGUGAAAACAACCGUGAUCAACAUGCACCAGAAGAUUAUUACAGAGGCGGAGAAUAUCACAGCUCGCAGUUGUUUCUCCCACUCGUCUGCACUUCCGACGGCGAUUCCCUGAUGUGCUGCUUGCCACGCGGGCGGACGGUAAUACCGUUGCCACGAGUUCGCCGCGAAGAUGAUCAUAAGCACACCGGGACCGAAACAAGCGCUCCUGUACCAGGAAAGCCUUCGUUGAAGGUGGGUUUGAUUCCCCUGGCAGCGUCAACAUCUUCGACCGAAGCUACGCCCGGAGGACCCGGCUCGUCACCACCUUCUUCGCUCCCAAGAGUGACGACGAGAGGCCUGAAGUGGAACUUGCGGAACGACGAGCUCUCGUUUGGAAAAUUGGUUUCGACGUGUAAUCAAAUCGAAGACGGGGCGGAGGAGAUCGUCGUGGAAACUACAGUGCCUGUCCUGUGGACACAGAAUCGCGUGUGGAAUAGUGAGGAAGAAGCAGAAGCACUAGUACGUCAACACGCUACAGGUGCUAGCGGUGGAACAUCGUUUACCACUACAGGAGGCUGCUCGUCGAGAUCUCGACUCUGA